AUGACUAAGCAAGCUUUACAAAAGGAACUUUUAGAAAAAGUAAAACCGGGGGCAAAACCUUCGGAUAUCAAACGCUUAAAAAGAAGCAAAAGUGCCGGUGAUAUUCCUACCGCUCCGCCUUUGCCUAAUUUAGCCCAAGAAAACCAGCAACUAAAAGACCAAUUAGCUCGGUUAAAAGCCACCCCGCCUAAUCUUUUCCUCUCUGGCUUACUAGAAACCAAACAGCAAGAACUAGAAAAAGUGCGAAAAGAAUCCGAAACCAAAUCUAAUACUAUCCGCUUGCUGCGGGAAAACUUAGAAAGAGAUACCAAAGAGCAAGAAAUCGGCGAAUUAAAAAAGCAAUUAGAUAAUUCCUUAGAAGCUCGCACUAAGGCUUUAUCCGACUGA